GUGGCUCAGUCGGUUGAGCAUCAGACUUCAGUUGAGGUCAGGAUCUCACAGUUCGUGAGUUCAAUCCCCACAUCAAUCUCACUACUGUCAGCACAGAGCCUUCUUCAGAUCCUCUGUACUCCUCUCUCCGUCCCUCCUCUGCUUGCACUCUCUCUCUCUCUCUCAAAAAUAAAUAGACCUUAAAAAAAGAGAGAGAGAAUACAAGUUGUUAAAAGUGGCAUAGCUAAACUUCUGCUUCCAAUCAAGGAUGAAAUUUAUCGUCUCACCUUAAACAACUAAAACAUCUGAAAACAAAGUGUAAAACAAUAGUUUUUCAUACACUGGCCAAUAGACAGCACAGAGCAGUCACCCCUAAGAAAGGAGAAACAAGCCCUACAAUUGCCCCAACAUUCUCCCUAGAGAGUUUCCAGGCCAAAGCUCAAGUAAGAGGAAUUUAAACAAAACUCAGCAGUUCCCUUCUAGACAUAAAGGAUACCAUGCCUAAAAUGAAAAUAGUCUACUAGGUGGGAUUAACAGUAGCUAAAACACUGAAGAAAAUAUUGUUGACUUUGAAGACACAGUAAUAGAACAAUACAAAAUGAAACAGGAAAAAAAACUGAAAAGGAAAACAGUGAAUCAGUGAAUUGUAGACAACAUCAAGCAGCCUAACAUAAGUAUAAUUAGAAUUACAUAAGAAGAGAAGAGAGAUGGGUAAACAGAAAAAAUAUUUGAGUAAUGUCCAAAAUUUUGACAAAUUUAAUGAAAUUUCUAAAUACCCAAAUCCAAGAACCACAAUGAACACCAAGCAGGAAGAAGAAAAAGAGGGAGAAGGAGGAGAAGACCAUACCAAGGGACAUUACAAUCAAAUUUCUUAAAACCAGUAAUAAAGGGAAAGUCUUAAAAACAGCCAAAGAUAAAAAAAACAUUAAAUACAAAGAAGAUAGCAAAUAUCUCAUCAGAAACAAUGGAAUCCAGAUGUUAAAAAGUCCUUAAUGCACAAGAAAGGAUACAAGUUGGAAAUUUGGAUCUGCAUAAUGAAAUAAAGAACACUGGAAAUGGCAAAUACAUGGGUACGUAUCCAUUUUUAAGGCCUCUAUUAAAGAUAACACGCAAAAAUGUAAAGCUGCAAUGAAGACUAUGGGACCACCGAAAGUUGAACUACCUUCUCCAAAGAAUUUCCUGAAGAAACAUUCAAUGGAAAAAACUCUACCACCCAAAAAAAAAUUUUAUUGGAAUGAGCCCAGAAAGCCUCCUGUGCCACUAAGAACUGAUCAUCCAGUCAUGGGAAUACGAAGCGAAAAAAAUUUUAUAAACACAAAUGCAGCCGAUGUCAUUCUGGGAGUGACUAAGAAGCCUAAACCAAUUUAUGUUGACAAAAGAACUGGAGAUAAGCAUGAUCUUGAAACUUCAGGACUAUUUCCAAAAUACAUCAAUAAAAAGGAUUACGGUGUCACACCUGAGUAUAUAUGUAAGCGAAAUGAGGAAGUAAAGAAAGCCCAAGAAGAAUAUGAUAAAUAUAUCCAGGAAAACCUUAGGAAAGCAGCUAUGAAAAGGCUGUCCGAUGAAGAAAGGGAGGCAGUUCUUCAGGGGCUGAAGAAGAACUGGGAAGAGGUACAUAAGGAGUUCCAGUCCCUCUCUGUGUUCAUCGAUUCCAUACCGAAGAAGAUUCGCAAGCAGAAGCUGGAAGAAAAAAUGAAGCAGCUGGAACAUGACAUCGGUGUCAUUGAAAAGCACAGAAUUAUUUACAUUGCCAAUAAGUAAUAACGGAUUUCUAAAAUAGAGUCAUUUUCACAUAGGAAAAAGCCCGCUGGAAAACAUAAACAUGAAACUUUGCUUUUCAAAGAGGAAAAUACUCUGAAAGAGAAUAAAAAUAGUUUUUACCGAAA